AUGGCUAGCAAAGAUUAUUAUGCAUGUUGGCUAGAAUACAAGAAACAGUUAGCAGUAGCUCUAGCGGAAGAUGCUCGCUUGCAACUACUGGCGAAGGCCCUGGUCGGCAUCAAACCUCAGGCGACGGCUGUGGAGAUAGUGGCCAGGGUGUAUACCAAGUUCUGCAACUUAUACAACAAGCUAUGUGAAAUCUACGACCAAAUGCUGCAACCCCAAAGGCAAGAGUAUAUCAAAAAGAUUAUAGACGCUAUAACGUGUCGUUUAUUAGAAUUAAAGUCCGCGCUAGAAAAUGUUGAAGCUUUCGAAUAUACUUAUACUGAUAAUGCUCUGCAGCAAAUGUUAAUGGUCCCACAGGACGUACAAAUAUUAUGUCCCUUCUUUUAUCCAUUCGAAAUUCGUCAACAAGAAUUACAGUAUAUAGUUGAUCAAAUAUUAGCCGGAAAUCGACUUGGAGAUCCAUCACCCACCGCCUCGGAAAUUGAACGCAGAGAAGAAGAGCGACUAGAAGAAGAAAGAAUAAAACAGGAAGAAAAAGACGCGGAAAUAAGAAGAAAAUUGGCUUUAGGUGAAGACAUUAUAGAAUCUGAACCGUCUAUUAUAUACACUCCUGCACAAUUAGAAGCAAUGCGGAAGGAGGAAGAAUAUACCAGACAUACAAGAAAUAUUCAGAGAAUGGAAAGAGCGCGAAGUAUCACUUUUUUUAAAAUUCAAAAAAAAGGGCGAGAUCUUAAUUUGUAUUUAGAUUUAGCUGGUCUAAAAAAGCCUAAAGCUAGAGAACCUCUCAGAGCACGAGCUGUGGCUUUAAUACAAACGGUAUAUAGAAAAUUUAUGUAUUACAAAAGAGAACAUUUAAAAGAAGAACAGCUAAAAGCAAAGCUUGGGAUGAUUAUAACAGCGUGUCAACCCCCAUCAGCCACUAUUCAAUUGGAAAAAGUUAAAGAAGCACGUAGAGUUUUUAGACGCGCAUAUUAUAAAAAAUGGAUUGAUGAAAAUGUUAAAGAAAGAACUAAAAUUCUUAGGUGGAAGGAAGGUGAAAUUUUAGAAGACAUUUCUGCUGAAAUACGGCAGUGGUUCAAGGAAUGGUACGAUGAAGUCAAAGUGUUUGAUGAAUUUCCCUGGCCAGAUGAAGGUGGUUCUAUAUUGGUCGUCCGAGGUGACACAUUCACAUUAGAAGAAUAUAUUGAGUGGAAAAAGGCUGAAGAAAUAAAACAAAAAAAGGAAGCUCAGAAUCCAAAGACUAAAGAAGAUAUUAAAGCGGAAAAACUCGCAGCGCGUGAAGAAAAACGAAGAAUAGCGAGGGAAGCAAAAGAAAAAGAAAAAAAACGUAUCCUUGAUUACAAGAAAAUGCGACUUAAUCCAGAUAAUGAUCCAGGAGUGUACAUAGACAUCGGUAAAAAUGUUGAUCAAGUGCAAGAUAUGUGGUUCAACUAUGAAAACCAAUGGAAAGCCCUGGAUGUGCCUGGACCUGCCAUAGAAAUAAUUAAGGGUCAUAUAAUGGAGCUCAUAACAGAAAAUAAAUAUCAAGAAAUACAAUUAGAAUUCCGACCUAUAGUAGAUGAAAUGAUGAGGCUAGAGUUAAAUUUGCUGAAAGCUUCUUUAAAAAUAGACUACGCCUUUGCAGGGGCCAAAAUACCAAUUACUAAAAAAAGAAAGAAACCUAAAAAGGUAAAACCGCCUAAACCAGAAAAAACUCCGCCUGCUGUAUUGUUUCAAAAAUUAGUCGACGCCGGAAUUGUAGUAAAGUACCCUCAUACUACUCUUAACGAUUAUUGGGGUGAUAGGAAUUUUGCUGCUGCUGAUACCAGAGCAAUCCCGUGGGUUCCAACUUUUCCUCCUCCUUGUAUGGGUGACGUUCAGGAACAAGUUAGAAUUCGAUGCCUUUUGACUCUUGGUUCGAAUUGUUCAAAUGCAGUCCGGUCUCAAUUACUAGUAGGGCCAAAACAUUCAGGCAAGCGGACCUUAGCAUACGCUAUCGCCACAGAAACAAAUUCAAUUUUGAUGGACUUGUCGCCAAUGUACGUUUACGACAAAAUGCCUGGAGCCAAAGGUCUAAAAACUAUGUUUAACCUGGUUAACAGAGUCAGUCGAAUCAUGCAACCGACUGUAAUUUUAGUGGAUGGAGCAGAUAGAUUGUUUUAUAAAAAAGUACCUAAAGAAGAAAAGAUUUUUGACCCUACUAGGCUAUCAAAGGAUUUCUUUAAAGAAAUCGUUAAACCGCUAAAAGGGCCUGAUAAAGUUUUAGUAAUCGGAACAGCCUCAGAACCGUGGUUAGCGAAGACACCACAAAUGCGCAAAGCAUUUCCUAGUGUAAUUUUACUUCCAAGAACGGAGUACGCAAGCAUAUCAUUUAUUUUGACUAAAGUUCUCAUGCGAUAUCACGGUAUUGACAGAGAUUUUAACGUUCACAGUGUGGCACAAGCUUUACGGGGAUAUGAUAUUAGCACAAUAUUAAAGAGUGUACGCAAUGUUUUGAAUGGUAAGAGAAUCGCUGAGUUGAAGUACAAGCCACUUCAUCCCAUGGAACUUGUCAAUGCCGUGCUUGAUAACGAAGGAGCUGUUUGUACGGAAGCUUUCGACUAUGAACAGUUUAAGACGUGGUACUUAUCUUAUUCUCCAUUCGGAGGUAGAUACGUGGAAUACAUGACCAUGCUGGAGUCGCAAUUAGCAUGUAAACUAAAAGCAGAGAAACAGAAGAAGAAAAAAUAG